AUGGCGGAUGUUUAUUCGGGUAUUCCGAUUCAAGUCGUCGACGACAAUUAUAUUAACGAAUCGGUCGAGAAAUGGGAAAAAUUUGUAAAGAGUCAAACGAGUAUUUUACCGAUUACGGAUCGCGAAUUAUUUCACGCUCAUCGCGACGCUCAUCAAACACUUGUUGAAUUUUUUUGCCCGCAAGGUGUGACCGUCCUGAUUAAGGGUGAGGAGGGGAAUCGAUUCGCAACCGUUUUGAGUGUUAUUAUUACUCAAAUCCACGUUCAAUAUUUGGAUGAUGAAGAUGAGGUUGAAUGGGUCGAUUGUGCAGAUCUUGUGACGGAUAGAGAGAGUGUUAAGCAAGCAAAACGGGAAUUCAAACUGAAACCAGCGGAUGCUCGUUGUUUUUAUGACUACAAAUUCCUCCAUAAUUAUCGGGAUAAUAUGACGAUGAAGGUUUAUGAGCUUGUCGACGUCGGAAUGUACCUCGAGAUUCAACAUAAAAUUCGCCCCAAUAUUGUCUUCUUCGCUGAGAUUGUUGAGAAUUCGUGCGGAAUUCUGAAAGUGCGAAUAAAUCACGAUCUCGUCUACAUUCAUAUGUUCGAUUUUCGCUGUCAUUAUAUUGGAUGGGCGAGGGAGCAGAAUUACCUUCUAUUUCGUGAUGAUCAGCGAGUGGACUAUUCGGUGACUUGUCGAAUGUUCGAUUAUUCUAUGCUGUUGGAAAAUCAGGUGCCCAAACCGAUUUUUGAGGCCAAUGAGUUGGGCCGGCAUGAAUUUUCGGCUGGAAGUUUGGUCGAAGUUAUGUCAAAAAACAAAACUCAAAUGUGCUACGGGAUCGUGAACGAGGUUAUCAAUGAGCAUUAUUUUAACGUUCGUUUAGUCGUAGAGAAAAGCAAGCGGUGUCCAUUGGAAAAAACUGCCUAUAAUGUUCAUAGCCCUGAGAUUUUUGCCGCUGGAACAGCAGCACAAUGUGGAAUUGAAGUAUUUGUGCCGAUUGAUCUACUAUUGGAACCGAAAAAAAGACGGGAGUGGGAGCAUUAUAGAAAUAAGUUUAGAAAUAUCAAGAAUGUUCCUCUCCGCGAUGUUACUGACGAGCAUAAUAAUAGUUCCAACUCAAAAAAAGACAUGCAAUUACCAACAUUGCGGUUAUUAGAGAUUUUCGAUUAUGAUGUCGGAGAGUUUUACGCCGGUGUUGUAUGUCGCGUCGAAGGCGAGAUUUUGUGGAUUCGCAGGCAUUUCUCAAAGGAUUGGCAAAUUAUUCGAAAAACCGAUCGAUGCUUAUUCCCGUGCGGUUCUGCAAAGGCGUAUGGGUUGAUGUUGAACUAUGAAGACGGUGAAGAUGUCAAAAUUCAAAUCGAUAAAGAAAAAUACACGGACAAUCCAUUGGAGGUGGUUAAAUUGAAUAAGGUGUUCCUUCCGAGCUAUCGAACUGCAGAUGAAGUGGUUCCGACUAUUUAUGUGAACGUUCGUUGUAAUGUAGGACCAUUAUUGUGUAGAAAAGCAUUUGCGAAGACACCCAAAAAGUUUGAAGGUGGAAUGCUGUAUGACUUCGUGCAACAUAUUUACAUGCAUAUAAUGCGAUGUGCUCGGACGGAAUCGAAACGUCAAAUUCUACAGCAAAUCAUUCAAAAAUCGAUAUGCUCUGCAGAACCAACUGCAGUGGUUUCUGCGAAAUAUCGAAGAGGCACUGAACAAUCGCAUGUUAUAAAGGGAAUCGGAAUUCGUUCAGUUGAUGAGCUUAAUGGAUUUCUUAAGACAAUUUUCCGUGCGAUUUCUGCUUGCCCUAACCUUAUUUCGUUUGAAAAUCAACACGAUGGCCCUUGUCGUUAUAAAUGCCACAUUUCUAAUAGAACGAAAACGUUGCAUUGGAUUCGAUCAGAAGUGAAUCGUGAAAAGGAAGCUAAACAGAAAGCUGCGGCCGAGAUUUCGCGGCAGGUCGAUCUUGCUGCGUCGCAAUUCCGCGUCGCAUCGCCGAUUGAGAAGGAGUCGGCGGACACGGCGAAGCCCGCCGGCGCGAUGUCUGGACCGAGUGCGCCGAAACAGGACGGAUUCGUUGCUCCGGUGCAUGUUCGUGGCAUGGGACCCGUCAUACAUCGACCUGCGGACAUCCCUGGACGAGGACCCAAAUUCAAUUCAUUUUUGAAUGAGCAGUUGCCAAAAAAGGCGCCUCCGCCCUAUUUCAAGCCUGGAAAAAGUCGAUCUCUUCCGAGGAUUCUCAAACAGAAAUUGACAUCCAAAGCGAUCUCGUCUAUUCCUGGACCAAGUCAUUCUGCGCCGAUUUCGUCGAUCGACAGACAAGGUUCAUCUAUUCCUGGACCCAGUAGAAUUCUGUCACAUCCAUCACAAUUCAAUACAGUCCAAAAUAGAUUUCUAUCUCAACCCGGCCCGAGUCGAAUUAUGACUCAACCUGGUCAAUGGAAUGCAGGACCGAGUAGAAUCCUAUCACAAUCUGCUCAAAUCAACCCAGGAACGAGCUCGUCCACAUCUCAUCAUAUUUCUCCUGUGUCCGGCGAAUCGGCUCCUAAAUCAUUGUCGCCAAACGUCACGGCUUCACCUAGAUCGUUAACCCCUGCUCCUAGCUUGUCGAGACCGUCCACUGCCGCUUCAAUACUUAAUUCAUCAUCCGACAUUGGAGAAUCCUCUUCUCGAGCUGCAGAAGCCGAAUCGCAAUUGGAUGAAAUGCCGGGUAUUCCUUCAUUCGAGAACAUUUUCGGUGGACAUCAGAAAUCGCUUGAAGAGCGAAUGAGGAAUGCGACGAAUUCGUCGUUGCUGCUCGCUCCGGUUCCUCCCGAUCUACCAGUGAAGCGAUCGUCGCCCGGCGGUGGUGGUCCUCCAGUGAAAACAGCGCGAAUCCGCGCUUCACGACCGAAUAUCAUAAGAAAGCCAACAAUUCCUGCCCCGCAUCCCAUGCAAGCACAAUAUCCAGCUGCACUAAAUAGUCUCCCGCCUCACCUGCAAUACCAUUAUUUGUUAAUGAAUCGACAACGGCAGAUCCAUAUAGAGCAACAUCAAAUUGAGUUAGCGCGACAGCAGGCGAGAAUCGAAAUGGCAAAACGGGAGAAGGUAGCGCAGGAAAGUGGAAUUGAAAUUAAUAUUCCGCCGUACAUGAAACCGCUGAUAUCUCAGAUUCCCAAUGGAUUGAUGUCGCCUGCUGUACAACAGAUGACGACGUCUUUGCUGACAUCUAGGCCUGAAAUGCAGAUGGUGACGAAGAAAAAUGCACAGGACCCUACUGCUGAAGCUGGAUCGGCGGAGCAGCCUGUAUUGUCUACUCCAUCUCCGAUGCCCAACUUGGUUGUAUCGGAAGCAGGCGCACCUCCCUCAUUGUCGCCGAAAUCUGUAAAUCCAUCGCCGACUAGCUCGGCUUUGAAUAAGCUUGAAGAGAAAUGGGUUAAUGACAAGUCGCGGAUGAUUCGCAAGAUAACUGCUGAUAUGGUUAUGCCGUGGGAUGCGGAUCGACUUUCUCUAUUUUUGCGGGAAAACUUUUUGAAUAUUGGAAGCGAGGCGAUCAGAACAAUUCGCGAAAAGGAGGUUACCGGAAAAAUGUUUCUCGAGUUGACUAGGAAAGAAUGUGUUGACAUGCUUGGAUCGGAGCGCGUUGGAGACAUGCUUCAUCGUUUAGUGCUCUACGUCAAGAGCGAAUAA